AAAAUGGGCUUCACUGCUAACUCUCCUCCCCCUCGCCUCCUCCUCCUCCUCCUCCUCCUCCUCACUGGUCUUCGCUUUCCCCAUCCCACUUCACCCCACCCUGAUGCAGCACCCCACCGCAUCCAUUGCGACGUAUUCAUUUGGGCGUGUGUCGAUGUUGAUGUGAUGUGUGGCGUCGGAGGUGUUGUUGAAACCACAAGCGUCACAGUGCGGAUGUACCGAGUGCACUGCAAUGGAGAUGCGUAA